AUGGCUUUUCAUUUUCAGUCGGCUGUUCGAGGGAUCGCAAAACGAUCUUUUUCUACUUCAAAAUGGGCUACCGCACAGCAGAUGACUGUCAGAGAUGCUUUAAAUUCAGCCCUGGAUGAAGAAAUGGAACGAGAUGAACGAGUAUUUUUGAUGGGCGAAGAAGUUGCUCUUUACGAUGGUGCUUAUAAAGUUUCUCGGGGCCUUUGGAAAAAAUACGGCGAUAAACGUGUAAUUGAUACUCCAAUUACUGAGUCUGGCUUUGCUGGUCUUACGGUUGGAGCAGCUAUGGCUGGAUUACGACCCGUGUGUGAAUUUAUGACUUUCAAUUUUGCCAUGCAAGGAAUUGAUCAAAUAAUAAACUCAGCAGCUAAAACAUUUUAUAUGUCUGCGGGUAAAGUAAAUGUACCAAUAGUAUUUCGGGGACCUAAUGGUGCAGCCUCAGGUGUAGGUGCUCAACAUUCUCAAUGUUUUGGAGCUUGGUACGCACAUUGUCCUGGCUUAAAAGUUAUUUCUCCUUACAAUAGUGAAGAUUGUAAGGGCUUACUAAAAGCUGCCAUUCGUGAUCCUGAUCCAGUAGUAUUCUUGGAGAAUGAACUUCUUUAUGGUGUUCAAUAUCCAAUGUCAGACGAGGCAAUGUCAAAAGACUUUGUUCUACCUAUUGGUAAAGCUAAAAUCGAACGGCCAGGUAAACAUAUCACUUUAGUAGCACAUUCCAAAGCUGUUGAACUUGCCCUGGAAGCUGCCAACGAGCUUGCUGGUAAAGGAAUAGAAGCUGAAGUUAUCAAUUUACGAUCACUUAGACCUCUAGACACGGAAACUAUUCUCAAAUCAAUAUCAAAGACCCAUCACCUUGUUUCUGUAGAACAAGGAUGGCCGACGUGUGGCAUUGGUGCAGAAAUUUCUGCAAGAAUUAUGGAGAGCGAAGCAUUUUACCAUCUUGAUGCACCGGUUAUACGUGUUACGGGUGCUGAUGUUCCGAUGCCAUACACCAAAUCAUUGGAAGCUCUGGCUCUUCCACAAUCCCAAGAUGUUGUUAAAACAGUUAUAAAACUUUUAGGUGCAUCGCAGUAG